GCAGAGUUUAGCUACAAAGUGGAAUGACCAAAAAAAGGAUAAAGCCGCGACACAAAAUGGGGGGAACGUGUAGAAGUUUGGUUCUCUAGAGUUACAUCGGCCCACGAAUAGCGCACAUCUCGCCCUGCCUGUUUCCUCAUCCGGGCUGCUUCGACAGGGACUCGCCCCAUGUAACGUCGUAGGAGCUGCAAUUUUCCCUCUGGGACGCGGAGGGGACUGGAGUAUGCGGGCGCGCUUGGAAUCAUAUCCGGUCGGAAGCUUGAUGUUCCCUGAAGCGGUAUUUAAGUUCAAUGGUGCCCGCCCCUGCCAGUGACAAUCUGUAAACCCAGAGACCUGCAAAUCUGUUUGUUUCGUUCAUCAUGUGGUCCAAGAUUUGCGUUGUCUUGGCUCUCGCCAGCCAGGCCUUCGCCGUCAUCCCCCAGCCCGUGUCCAUCUCGACCGGCAACUCUACCCUUUGGGUCAACAAGGACAUUGCCAUUACCUACAACGGCAAGGCUAUUGACCACAAUGGCAAGGGCAACGAGAAUGACAUCACCGAGAUCGGCAUUGUCCAGGGCGGCGCUCAGCGCGCCAUGGACGCCAUUCUCAAGAAGGGUCUCGUUCCCUGGAAGUUGAUGCCCCGCGGCGCUCUCGACACCUACGAGCCCAGCCCCGACGUGCGCGCCUUCAUCAAGCAGCUCUCCAUCACCACCACCGGCGCCACCUUCAAGAACAAGACGGCCAACUCCAACUCGUCUGCCAGCACAGCCGAUGAGGCGUACAAGCUGACCGUCUCCGCCGACGGCACUGCCUCGCUCUCCGCCGCCUCUACCUCUGGUGUUCUCUACGGUCUCCAAUCAUUUGUCCAGCUCUUCUACAAGCACUCUGACGACCGCUCUGGCUCGUACACCAAGCUCGCCCCCGUCUCCAUCUCCGACGAGCCCAAGCUCGUGUACCGUGGUGUCAACCUCGACGUUGCCCGUUCGUGGUACGAGGUCGACGACAUCCUCCGCACCAUCGAGGGUCUCGCCCAGAACAAGCUAAACCACCUCCACCUGCACGUCACCGACUCGCAGUCCUGGCCUCUUGAGAUUCCUGCUCUCCCCGAGCUUGCCCAGAAGGGCGCCUACGCUCCCGGUCUGAGCUACAGCCCCCGCGACAUUGAGCGCAUCCAGAAGUUCGCUCUCCGCCGCGGUGUCCGCCUCAACGUCGAAAUCGAUAUGCCCGGCCACACUACCGCCAUCGCCCUUGCUUACCCCGACCUGAUUGCCGCUGCCUUCGCCAAGCCCUGGGGAUCGUACUGCGCCGAGCCCCCCUGCGGUACCCUUCAGCUCAACAACCCCGAGGUCGACACCUUCAUUGACAAGCUCUUCAACGACUUGAUGCCCCGUCUUGCCAAGUACAGCGACAUCUUCCACACCGGUGGUGAUGAGGUCAACGCCAACUCCUACACUCUCGACCCCACCACCAAGUCUUCUGACCCUGCCGUCAUUGGCAAGGGUAUCCAGAAGCUCGUCGACCGUACCCACGCCCACGUCCGCAAGGCCGGUAUGAUCCCCAUGGUCUGGGAAGAGAUGCUCUUCGACUGGAACAUCACGCUCGGCAAGGAUGUCAUCAUCGGCGCCUGGCACGAGGGCUAUGCCGCCAAGGCUGUUGCUCAGGGAUACCGCGCAAUUGCUGGCUCUAGCGACUACUGGUACCUUGACUGCGGCCACGGAGGCUGGAUCAACUACCCCAACGAGCACGCCGCCGGCGCUUUCCCCUUCAACGACUACUGCUCGCCCGUCAAGAACUGGCGCAAGGUCUACUACUAUGAUCCUUGGGCCGGUAUCCCUGCUGAGCAGCAGCACUUGCUCUAUGGUGCUGAGGUGCACAUGUGGUCUGAGCAGACUGACGGCUUCAGCGUGGAUGAUAUGCUCUGGCCCCGUACCAGCGCUGCUGCUGAGGUUAUGUGGUCUGGUCGCCACGACGCCAAGGGCCAGCCCAGAGACCAGUUCGAUGUUGUCGGCCGCCUCGCUGAGAUCCGUGAGCGCAUGUUGCUGCACAACUUCCAGAUGGGCCCUGUGCAGAUGCCUCACUGCACCCAGCAUGAUGCUUCCGAGUGCUCUUACUAAGAGAGAAAGCGUAAAGGAAACUUGUACAUACAGCACAUACAAAAUACUUGCUUGAAUAAUGAAGUGAAAUUUAAUUAC